AUGAAUGUUCCUCUCUACGUUGUCCUCUUCGCUCAGCUGAUUCGCACCGCUGCUGUCACUGGAUCUAACCGAGUUUCCCCGGAGCAGCAACUGCUGGAGGCUAACAUAUCAGGACGCAGGACGGGGAGACUGUACUGUAGGGUCGGCAUCGGUUUCCACCUUCAGAUUCAUCCCGAUGGCAGAGUAAACGGGAGCCACGAGCCCAAUCAGUUGAGUGUACUGGAGAUCUUUGCAAUCUCUCAAGGUGUGGUUGGCGUCCGAGGCGUUUUCAGCAACCGAUUUCUGGCCAUGAACAAGCGGGGACGUCUACAUGCCACUGAGACAUUCACCGAUGACUGCAAAUUCCGGGAGCGUUUCCAGGAGAACAGCUACAACACGUACGCGUCGGUGGUCCACGGAGGGCGGCGCUCGGGGCGGCUGUGGUACGUGGCGCUCAACAAACGCGGCAAGGCCAAGAUGGGCUCCAGCCCGCGGGUCAAGGCGCAGCACGUGUCCACGCACUUCCUGCCGCGCUUCGCGCUUCACGAGAGGGCCGAGCACGGCUUCACCAUUGCCGAGAGAGGCCAGGAGAAGAGCAAACCCCCACCGGCGCCUCCGCCACCACACCGGAGCCCCUCCAGAGCCGAGAGAGGCCAGGAGAAGAGCAAACCCCCACCGGCGCCUCCUCCACCACACCGGAGCCCCUCCAGAGCCCCUGCAGCAAAGACAUCCAUUAGCACGGGACCGAGGCCUAGUCAGCCUGUGAAGUACUGGCCCAAGUUCCGGUUCGGGUGAAAGCCGCGUCCUAAAGCAGGACUAAGGAUAGGGACAAAACAGAGAAGGGUUCUUCUUGGUGGACCUCUGGCACCGUGGAAAAGCCGGUUCCUUUUUUGGGAUGUUUCUGAACAAGUCAUGUUCAGAGCGUUCUGUUAAGCAUUCCGACUAUCAGUCAAGUGUCAACCAAUGAGCUGGAUGGUCCAGUCUUGGGAUGGUUGUGGAGGAGGAAUGGACAAACCUGAAACCAAAUACUGUGCUGUAUGAACAGGGUAUAUUCUUCCAAACAUGCCAUAUAACACACGACUGAGAACAGAGGACACUAUUUGCCUAUGUGUUUAUGGUAUUUUAUUUUACAUUUUUUACAAGCAUGGAUGUACUUCCUGGUGCAUAAAACACCAUCAUUCAUCCCACAGACUUAAUUCAAACUCUUUUAGAAGAGGUGUAUACCUCUUUAUUUAUAUUACCAAAA